AUGGCAUCGCUGGAACGGAUCGUGGAUAUCCUGAAUGGCGAGAUUUUGCCCGAAACAGCGCGAUAUGUGCUCUCGGCAGUUUCAUCUGGAGACUUGCUGAAGGAUGCGCCAGAUGGUGCAAAGCAUAAGCUAAAAGUUAAGAUCUCCAGCAUGCUUAAAUCUUCGGGGCUGGAACGUGCAUUGGGCGCUCACCUCGCCAGAGCGGCUAUUUCGGUCGACUGGUCUGUAAUUAGAUCUCACGGCGGGUCCUGGGCAGGCAUUCUCAUUCAUGUGCUCGACUUGCCUGACGCCGUUUGCUGGGGUCCGGCCAUUCAAUUCAUGUCUGCCCUGACCACACUAAUUCACGGUAAACAAGAGCUGAUUCGAGAGGUCACGAACGCAAAAGUUUCGGACUUUAUCAAGAGACUUGUGGUUAUGCUGGAAAAGUGCCCUGAGCAUGCACUUGAGGCGUUUGCUGUGCUCUUACAGCUGUAUCCUGGUGCUUGCAGAGCCUAUGCAAGCAAGGUCCGCGACAGAGCUAUGCAUUAUUUGACAACACGGCACUGGAGAAUCGCGUGCAAGGUGCUGAGUGCGUUGUGUUGGGUCGAGAAAUCUCCAGCUGCUGCGUGGCGCGAGGCUGUUCUGGACGUGCUGUCGAAUCUAUCAAUUCUCUUAACCAAAGAAGAAAAGGGUAAGUAUUUCGCCGCAACCUCUUUCAAGUCGGCAUCCGAGCUUAAGCUUUGGCAUCUUCUGUCUCUGUUUAUUGGUGGCCCAAAGCCUGCUAAUGUAAAGCUACCUGCCAGCAAGCUGGCUGACCUGCUCGACCGGUCUUUCCGCAGCCUUGAUCCAGAUACGUUGGAGUGUAUUUAUACCUUUUUUGUUGAUUCAAAGGUUUACAACAAUCUUGAGUCGCUUUACAUACGCCAAUUUGACAUGCUGUUACACCACUUUGUCGAGGCUGUUCAGCUGAACCGUACCAUGGCCUUAAAGUAUGGAAGAUGCGCUGGUUUGCUGAUUGGCUCUAUAUGGGUUCCCAAGAAAUACAAUGUCACGAUUUCCAGACUGGUCAAGUACGUGCUGGCAGCCGCUGCGGAUAGCACACCGAUCGGUGUCGAGGGUCUCUCGGACUAUGUUUCUCAUCCAGAUGCUUUUCAGCGGGUUUCUGCGGAAGAGCUAAUCGAACACACAAGUGAGCUUUUGCAAGCAAUCAUUCUUAAUGUUAAUGGUCUCAACAACUCCACGCGGUCAGAAAUUGACUCUUACUUUAUUUCUACAGGCCGUAAAGGCCUCAACACCGCAGCUCUUUACCCAGGGAAAUACAGUAUUUUGCCCAUUGCUCUCAACGUUGGCGUCGAAGGUUUAGAAUGUCUGAUCCACCCUCGCUUCCCUCCCCUAGCUGGUCAGUCCGCGACGAUUGAGAAAGACGAGGACAACGACGACGAGCCAGUUCCCACAACCAAAAUGAUCAUUGAACCGAUCACAAUUGCAUCGAAAGAACUGCCUUCACCCAUUCUCGACACCAAAAUGCCCGAGUUCAUCCCCGAGACGCAGCCGACCCUUACUCGCUCUCCCAUCAACACCCCGGGGCAUCCAGUUCCAACAAGCCAAAGCCCUGGCCACGACCAUACGCUUGAUGAGAUUAUUUCGCCUCACUUUGAGCCGGUUGUCGAGCCCGAUUUCCCCGUGCCAGAGCCGUCGAAACCUCAGCCUGAACCUAUCAAGUCCCCGACCCCUAAACGGGUAGAUUCUCUUCCUCAGCCCCGGCCUGAAAAACGACCAAGAGUCGACGACGCUAAUACAGCGGUUGAGGCCGACAAUGAUGAUGACGAUGAUGACUUUGUUAUGCCUACUUUACAGAUGGAUAGUGAUUAA